GCCUGGCCGCUGCACAUGGUGCUGUACGUCCUCGAGACGCUGUUCUCGUUCCCGCCCUUCUCCUGGAUCUUCGCGCCCUUCUCGUGGAUCUCAGGCUGGUUCUACCGUGGCGCGCCGCUCGUGGACUCGGCCGGCGCCCUGCGGGAGCUGCGGCUGCCACAGGACCAGGUGACAGCGUAUGUCGAGAGCUACGUGCAGCAGUAUGGCGAUGCGGCGCUGAUUUUCGCCACGCACGAUGGUUACCCUCAGAUUGUCAGCAGCCUGCUGUACAACCGUGAGCUCGGGUACAAGGACCUCCUGGACGCGUCGGAUGACAACGGCAACACGGCGCUGAUAUACGCUGCGGCGAAGGGAUACCGGCAGUGCACGGCCCAGUUGCUGCGGACCGGCGCCGACCCCGACGUCGCGAACCAAGGCGGCGGCGGCCGGACGCCGCUGAUGGAGGCGGCUGGCAUCGGCAGCAAGGACAUCGUGGCCGCUCUCCGGCUUUCCAACGCCACCGUAGACAUGGUGGACGACUCGGGCAACACCGCCCUCCACUACGCGGCGUACCACGGCCACCUGCUCGUGGUGCAGGAGCUCCUGAAGGCCAAUCCCAAGCGAGACGUCCAGAACUACUACGGUCACACCGCGGCGAGCUACGCCCUGAAGAACAAGUUCAAGGGGAUCGCCGACCUCCUGAACCGCCCGCCGUCGAAGAGGGACCUCCUGAAGGCACAGCAAGAGGCGGCGCUGGAGGACGAGCCGGAUGACGAGCCCGCUGCGCCUGCGAAGGGGCACAAGGCCAAGAAAGAUAAAGACAAGUCGCUCGACGAAGACAUUGAUUGGGAGGAGGAUCCGGAAAACCCGAUGGGUGCCCUGAUGAACAAUCUGAAGAAGCUGAAGGACAAGACGGAGGACGAAGGCGGCAAAAAGAAGGAGUCCAAGCAUGUGAAAGGACGGGAGGAGGAGCCACAAGCGCGAGAGGCGCUCGCCGCCCUGGAGUCGAGUGGCAUCUCCGACAGCGAGCGGAAGGCGCUCGAGGACCCGACCAGGUCGCGAAGUUGA